AUGCCGAAUGUUUUUGCAGAUAACAAACAACUUUUCGUGGAUACAUUACCAAUAGAAUAUUUAAGAACAUAUAAAAAAGAGAACAUUGAAUCAACGAGGAUAUGUUUUAAGCGUCGUGUUAAAAAAUCCUGUGAUCCUGAGUCCAAGAAGUAUCUGGUUCGUCACUUAAGGUUAAAGCGAGAGCCGCUGUUUACAACUACUAUGAACGGGAGGCCUGUACUUCAAAUCGGUUGCUAUCGGUAUUACAGGAACAACCGAUCUCACGGCAGAAAGGCUACUUGGUUCUGCUAUAAGAACGCUCGCAUUCUCACGACGAAGCGUGGAAAACCUUUGCUACAAAUCCAAGGCUUCAGAUUCAAUUGCAAACACAAGACUGGUCCGAAAACUUACUGGUCAUGUAAUAAAGCUCCUCUGGGAUGUAGCCUUUCGUGUUUUACGUACAAGCUAGAAUUUGAAGGCAAUCAUUACACAAGGGCUUACACGAACAAAGAUAAGAGUACGACGUGGCGCUGCAUCAAAAAGAACAGCGGGUGUAAAGCUUAUAUAAAAACAUAUAAAGAUCAAGUCAUAUAUGAGAAAAAUGUUCACAAUCAUGUUGAUAUUGAAAUUAAUUAUAUAGAUAAAUGUUGA